GCCCAAACCUACAAAGCAAGAAGCUGAUUACAGAAGUACUUCCCUCUUUAGCCGUAUUCUGUCCCACAGAAAUCAUCUGAGAAGUAUGCCCUCCCACUUCCGUUCUUUUACUCUCCUUAUCUGAGACAUUCAUACAUGACUCACUUUGAAACUCAUCCUCCAAAGUCAAAUAGGAGUCAAAAGUGAGGAAUUCCGUCUAUCGUCAUCAAAAACGAAGAGAGAGGGGAAAGAGGAAUGGUUCAGCAAGUUUCCUAAAUAUACUUCAUAACUUGAUUGUGGGUAAGAGUGAAGACCAGACUGGACGUGUGGGGACCUCCAGGCUGGUGCUGAAACCUUCAUCUACCCUCUCAGGUUUUUGAAGUUCAGCAAUGGAGUCUUUCUCUGCUGAGACCAAUUCAACUGACCUACCCUCACAGCCCUGGUAUGAACCCCAAAUAAUUCUCUCCAUGGUCAUUCUCAGCCUCACCUUCUUACUGGGAUUGCCAGGCAACGGGCUGGUGCUGUGGGUGGCUGGCCUAAAGAUGCAGCGGACAGUGAACACAGUUUGGUUUCUCCAUCUCACGCUGGCGGACUUCCUCUGUUGCCUCUCCUUGCCCUUCUCCCUGGCUCACUUGGCUCUCCAAGGACACUGGCCCUAUGGCUGGCUCCUCUGUAAGCUCAUCCCCUCCAUCAUUGUCCUCAACAUGUUUGCCAGUGUCUUCCUGCUGACUGUCAUUAGCCUGGAUCGUUGCCUUUUGGUACUCAAGCCAAUCUGGUGCCAGAAUCACCGCAAUGUGGGGACAGCCUUCACUAUCUGUGGAUGUAUAUGGGUGAUGGCUUUUGUAAUGUGCAUACCUGUGUUCAUGUACCGGGAAACAUUCACUGUAGGCAACCAUGAUAUGUGUGGCUAUGAUCUUGGCUUCUACGGCUCAUUAGAUUAUUCAGACUUCACCAUUGAUCUACUGGAAAAUGGAUCUCUUGACAACUCCAUCGUUCAGCUGCCUGGAGAAAUGGAUGCAAGGCUGCAGUCUUUCUCUGAACGAACCAAUGAUCUGCCUUGGACAGCCACCACUAUCUUCCAUUCUCAAACAUUUCAAAGACCUUCUCGACAGUCACUCCCUAUAGAUCCAGCUAAUUUAUCUAGUCAACCUCCAUAUGAUAACUUAUUUAAGCCUGCGAAUGAAGUCUCACCUAUAGUCCCCAGUGGGUUUCCCAUUGAAGAUCACAGAGCUAACCCACUCGAUUUAGAGCUUUACUCUGACUCUUCCAGCAAUUCCUCAGACUUGUAUGAGCUAUUCCAAGAUUUCCAGGGUGAUUAUUUAGGCCAGUUUUCAUAUAACAAUCAAGUACUAACCCCCCGGGGGGCAGUAACCAUCACCAGACUAGUGGUAGGUUUCCUUCUGCCCUCUUUUGUCAUGGUGGCCUGUUACAGCCUCAUUAUCUUCCGCAUGCGACGGGGCCGCUUCACCAAGACUCGGAUCAAAACCUUGAAAGUGGCCAUGGCUGUGGUGAUUGUCUUCUGCAUCUGCUGGGCUCCAUACCACAUUGUUGGGGUCCUAUCAUUGUUUUUUGACCCAGAAACUCCCCUUGGAGAAGCUCUGCUGUCUUGGGACCACGUGUGCAUCGCUCUCGCGUCGGCCAAUAGUUGCUUUAAUCCCUUCCUCUAUGCCCUCCUAGGAAAAGAUUUUAGGAAGAAAGCAAGGCAGUCGAUGAAGGGCAUUCUGGAGGCAGCUUUCAGUGAAGACCUCACACACUCUACCAGCUGUCCCCAAAGCAAAGUUUUUACGGAAAGAAAUAGUAUCAGUACAUCUGUGUGAAAAUAUGGAGCGGUUGACCCCAGCAGAGGUUCUUAGGUAUUCACCCAGUGUGCCAUUUUCUAAAACAAUAAGGGAUAUUGUGAGUAGGGGAUUUCAGAAACCAUCAAAGAAUCAAUCCAGAGGUUCUCAAAGUAUGAGCCCAGGCUAGGGGCAUCCUCAUCACCUGGAAACUUGCUAGAAUCUCCAAGAAACUUGCUGAACCAGAAUGUCUGAGGGUGGGGCUCCAGAAAGUGUUUUAACAAGCUCUCUUGUUUCUAAUGAAUGCUAAACUUGAGAAUUGUAAAAAUUAGUCUAUUUCUAUCCCAACCGAAGCUAAAUGAAACCAAUGAGAAACUAGUCUGUUUCAAAAUAAUUUUUCCAUCAUGAAAUUUUUUUUUAUCGUUAUUUAUUUUUGAGAGAGAGGGAGAGAGAGAGAGCAUGAGCAGGGGAGAAGCAGAGAGAGAGGGAAACACAGUAUCUGAAGCAGGCUCCAGGCUCUGAGCUGUCAGCACAGAGCCUGAUGUGGGGCUCGAACUCAUGAACCGUGAGAUCAUGACCUGAGCCGAAGUUGGAUACUCAAUUGACUGAGCCACCCAGGCGCCCCAAAUUUUUUUUAGUAUUGUCUGAAUCCCUCCCCACCAGAUUCAAUUUAAAACCAUUCCAUCUAGUCUUACCUGAGUGAAAGAUGAUCAUUUAUUUAUGGCUCUGUUGUGGUGGUGGUGAUAUUUUUAAAUGAAAAGAAGGUACAAAAAGAAAGAAAAAGUCUAUGAAAACAAGCAGUUAUGAGACUGAGUCUGGAAGCAGAGUACAAUGUCAGAUGCUUGCUAUGUGCAAUACUUCUGGAUAUAGGACAUGGGAAUUCCAAUGGGAAUUCCAAAUUUCCAUUAUUCCAAUUAAAUAGGCAUCUACUGUGUAAGGACAGGCUGCUAAGGCAUCUGAAAACUUCCUCACGAAAUGGCACGUGAGCUGUGGUUUGUGGAGUUUUCUAUUUGUUUACUCAGUCUGCCUACUGAGAGAACCAUCUCUCUUCCAUUAGAGUUUUCUUAAACUCUAUUCCCUUAAUCGCACCCUACCCUGGCCUCUAAAUCGUCUUCCAUAUUAGACUUUGUGCAUCUAAUAACCUCUAAUUUCAUAAGAGUCAAACUUGAAACUUGCUUGAAACUAAUGCUUGAAACUAAUACCCUCAACACCCACCCCCCCCCCCCCCC